GCAAACCUCAGUCUGUUCAGACGCUGUUCGGACAUAUAGAAGGAGUAAAAGCGAUUGCAUAUAUAAGAUAUCAGGAGGAAUAACCCCUUAUCAUCAAAUUACACACAAUGGCCUACAAGUGGGUGCAAUCCUCGGCCUACUCAUCGAUUCCGGAGGAGGCGGUGGUGGGCGGCAACGAUGAGGACGGCGCCAUGAUUUACGUGGGACGGGCGGAACACGACGGCGACAUGCUGGUGUGCAAGGUGGUUCCCAGCAAGCAACUCGGAUUCAUUUCCCAGCGAGGAGAAGCGCUGCCCAAGGACAUCUUCGAGGUGCUGUGUGGUCAGAAUCUGGUGUGGAUCAAGUGCUACGAUCAUGUGAUUCCCGAAAAUGCGGUUCUAUGUGGAAGAACUUCCCUGGAUCAACCGGUUUACAUAGGACGUGGCCAUUAUGAGGGUCAUCUGAUCAUUGGCAAGAUAUCCUCCGUUCACCGAGCUCUUUUCAUCGCUUAUCGUGGAGCCGAACGUCGUUUGGAUUCCUAUGAGAUUCUGGUGGAGGAGCGUCGAGUGGUUCCGGGUUGGCAACUGCCCCCACCUCCUCCUCCACUGGAACUGGCGGAAAAGUGCCCGCUCACCCCGCCACCACCACCUUCUCCGCCGGCAAUUGCUCCUCCCUUGCCGGCCAAACCAUAUCCCUAUCCGGAUUUGGCAGCUAUGCCUUUUCCCCUGACGGACAGACCACCGGCUUACACGCCCACGCCGGAUCCACUGCCUCGUGGGGGAGUAAUGGUCAUGCCACGCCCCCCACAGCCACCGCCUGCGGGAGGAGUACUGGUCAUGCCACCACCACCUCCUCCACCACAGCCAUCUUUCACCCCCGCAGAGGUCUCCGCUUCGCCAGCUCCCUCAUUCGUUGCCGCUGAGGUCACCGCAGUAUCCGUACCCGUAGGACCAACCUUCACUCCCGCUGGCACCUACAAUCCCUACGAGGCGGGAUGCUCCUCCUCCUACACUCCGGCGGAAUGUGCUCCCGGUUACGAUGCCUACGGAUAUGGAAAUAACUACGACGUUUGGGUAUCCGCCGAACCAGGAUACUAUUACUCACCCGAUGCUGUGGUUGGAGGUCACGACAGCAACAUGGAGCAGCUGCUGGUGUGCCGAGCCUGGUAUCGUGGUGUCCAUGUUCCCGGAAAGGCGGUUCCCAGCCGAGGAUGUGCAUAUAUAGCUCAUGGAGGGCGUGAGAUCGUGGAGCCCUCGUACCAGAUGUUGGUGGGCCAGGGCAAAUACCACUGGGUACCCUCCUACGGAGGAAAUGUUCCGCCAGGAGCUGUUGUGGCCGGCAGAACACCAAGUGGAGAACCUCUCUACAUCGGAAGGGGACAGUACUGUGGAAGCCUGACGCCCGGUGUGAUUGAGCCAUACAAUCGAUGCCUGCAGAUUCCUUUUGGCGGUCAAGAAAUCCGUCUGAGCAGCUACGAAGUUCUGGUCAGGAGCGAUAUUUUCCACGGACAGCAGGCCAUCCGAUUGGUUUACUAAAAACAACCGAAAAUAUAUUAUAUUUAUAUAAAUUAACACUUUUUAAAAAAUUCACGAGCAGCUUACUCAACAAAACCAUACAGUCAAAUGUUGCGUAUUUAUUUUAAUAACAAAUUAGUUUUUCCUUAGUAUUUUUUUAAUGAUCUAAUGUUACAACAUGUAAUGGUUUUGUUUAUGUUUUUAAGUUGUAUCUUUUGUUUUGCACAUUCACGAGCACUAUACAUAUCUUAUUCAGAUGCUACAUACUAUAUCUUUCAAACUUAUUAUCACUACCUCUGAAACACCAAAGAAAAUGAAAUACCUAAAAUGUACAUAUUUUAGUAAAUAAAAAAUAUUUAUUAUCACGGA